UACGCCCACCGGAAAUACCCGAAUCUCAUCAACAAGGCUCAGUGCUUUCGGGUAUUUCCGGACGGGUAUGAGAGCCUUCGGCUUUCUCCGGAACCCGAUCGAGCGUUUCCGGUUGCGGCCGAUAAACGGUCAUUGGCUCCAUACCGGCGCUUGGCGCGCGCGCGCGCCGUGGAGCCGCGGCGGAAGUGCGGGUGGGAGACGUCAGUUCCGGAGAGUGACGGAGCGGCGGGUCAAGAGGCGGCAGCAAAAUGGCGGCGCCUGAGGAGCGGGAGCUGACGGCGGAGCAGACCGAGAAGCUGCUGCAGUUCCAGGGGUACUCCUCCUGCCUUUGAAGUGUGGAAUAGCGGAAACUGCAACUUCAGUAUUGAGAAGAUUUUAGCGUUCUGAGCAGUCUCAAAGGACUUGACAGGCAUAGAGUCCAUGGACCAAUGUCGUCACACACUGGAGCAGCACAACUGGAACAUAGAGGCAGCUGUACAGGACCGACUGAAUGAGCAAGAGGGUGUCCCAAGUGUCUUUAAUCCUCCUCCGUCGCGGCCAUUACAGGUCAAUACAGCCGACCACAGGAUCUACAGCUACGUUGUCUCAAGGCCACAGCCAAGGGGCCUGUUAGGAUGGGGUUACUACUUCAUAAUGCUUCCAUUCCGAUUUACCUAUUACACAUUACUUGAUAUAUUUAGGUUUGCUCUGCGUUUUAUACGCCCUGAUCCUCGUAGUCGGGUCACUGACCCAGUGGGUGACAUUCUUUCGUUUAUUCAUAUGUUUGAGGAAAAAUAUGGGAGGAUACACCCUGUCUUCUACCAGGGAACUUACAGCCAGGCACUGAAUGAUGCCAAGCGGGAGCUGCGCUUCCUGUUGGUUUAUCUUCAUGGAGAUGACCACCAAGACACAGAUGAAUUCUGCCGCAAUACACUGUGUGUACCUGAGGUGAUCACCCUCAUAAACACUAGAAUGCUCUUCUGGGCUUGUUCAACCAAUAAACCAGAGGGAUACAGAGUCUCCCAGGCUCUGCGAGAGAACACGUACCCAUUCCUGGCUGUGAUUAUGCUGAAGGAUCGCAGAAUGACAGUAGUUGGGCGGCUAGAAGGCCUCAUCCAGGCUGAUGACCUCAUUAACCAACUGAUGUUCAUCAUGGAUGCCAAUCAGACGUACCUAGUGUCCGAACGCCUGGAAAGGGAAGAGAGGAACCAAACCCAAGCUCUGAGGCAGCAGCAGGAUGAGGCCUAUCUGGCAUCCUUGCGUGCAGACCAGGAAAAGGAGCGCAAGAAGAAGGAGGAACGGGAAAGGAAGAAGAAGAAGGAGGAGGAAGUGCAGCAGCAAAAACUAGCAGAGGAGAGGCGGCGACAGACACUGCAGGAGGAGAAGGAGCGGAAGUCCGAAUGUCUUCCUCCUGAACCACAUCCUGAUGACCCAGAGAGCGUUAAGAUCAUUUUCAAGCUGCCUAAUGAUUCCAGAGUGGAGCGGCGAUUCCACUUUACACAGUCAUUGACGGUGAUCCAUGACUUCUUGUUCUCCUUGAAAGAAAGCCCUGAAAAGUUCCAGAUUGAGGCCAACUUUCCUCGCCGUGUCCUGCCCUGCCUCCCUACAGAGGAGUGGCCCAAUCCACCUACGCUGCAGGAGGCUGGACUCAGCCACACGGAAGUCCUCUUUGUGCAGGACCUCACGGACGAUUGACAUUUUUCCAGAAGACACAAAAUGGAAAGAUAAAUUCAUAUUAUUAUAAUACAAUAUUUUUUUUAAAAGACUGCGUACAAAUGAGGGAUCAGAGACCACAUCGCCUGUGCCAGCUGUGCUGUGUGUGCACUGGUGAGCGGAAGUGUGUGCACGUCCUCACACACCCAUGUACACAGCCAUCCCCUACACUUGAAGGGCAGACAGGGAGGGGAGCUGGUGUUGCCCCUCCGCCCUCCCUGGGGAGGAACAGGAAUGGCAGCUCUUGAUAAUAAUUGCUUUUAUUGACAACAAUAAUAAAACCCCAACAACCUGACAUCUUGUGAAGAUUUGAUACUCUGCUGCUCCUCACAGCCAGAAGACUGGGCACCUGAGUGGGGUGGGGGGGAAGGGCUGGACAGAAUCUCUUCAGCUUCCCUCUGUGUAUAAGUAUCUUUCUUCUAAUAUUUCUCUUGCUUUGUAAUGACCAAAGGAGAAUGGGGUUGACUAUAGUAUUAACUUUUUGAUAAAGAGCUGGUUCAAUUCUUACCUGUGUGGGGUCUUGCCCAGCGUUCUUAGCCUGCGUAGUGUAAUAAACUCUGCCUCUAGCA